GUGAUGAUGGCAAAGGAGUAAAAAGAGGAGGGGAGGUUGGAAAAGAAGGUCGUUUCUGCCGAUGCCCACGCUAAACUCCUUCAAGAGCUUCCCCACGUUGGCUGGGCAUCUCAUCCACCCAUCCCUCAUCCUUGUUCAAGCUACGUCUCCAGAUCCGCAUCAAUUGCAUUCGUUCACGCCUUUGAACCAAUUGAGCCAAUUAAUAGCCGCCAUCACCCAGGAACAAGGAUUUCUGUCCUGUCAAAUCCGUCAUCCGAAUUCCAACGUGUCCAAAACCCCAUCAAAAGGCACGUCGAAUUCUCCAAACCUCGAACCGCUCUUCUUCCCCUCUUUUGUCCACCUCAACUCACAACACAACAGACCACUUCCUCAAUACACAAUGCGUCUCCUUACUCUCGCCGCUUUGGCCACAGUCGCCACCAGCGUCUUUGCCGCCGAGGUCGAAAUCGAAGUUACCCGUGCCGUUGAGUGCGACCGAAAGACCAAGCGUGGUGACAAGAUCUCCGUACACUACAAGGGCACAUUACAGUCUGAUGGAUCGGAAUUCGAUGCCAGCUACAAGCGGGGCCAGCCUUUGAGCUUCACCGUGGGUCAGGGACAGGUUAUCAAGGGAUGGGAUGACAACCUCUUGGAUAUGUGCAUCGGCGAGAAGCGCACACUCACAAUCCCACCCGAGUUUGGCUACGGAAGCAGAAACAUGGGACCUAUUCCCGCAGAUAGCACACUGAUCUUCGAGACCGAAUUGAUGGGCAUUGAUGGCGUCGAGGCACCUGCGAGCAUCGUGGAGAAGAAGGUCGAGAAGGCCAAGGAGACGGCAGAGAGUGUCGUGGACAGCGCUACUGAAGGUGUGAAGGAAGCUAUCAAGAGCAAGGUAGCUGAUGCUGCUGAGGCUGUUAAGGUCGUCGUUGCUGACACUGAUGGUGACGGCCAGGAGCACAACGAGCUAUGAAUUUAGUUGUUGAGCAGUAUGGGUUAUGAGGACAGGGGUGGAUGUCGGGUAUGAUAUGGCAUGAUACUCUGGGUCAGUCACAUACUAGGGUAAAGCUGGAUGGCUUUUUGGGUGUGGAGAUCCGUACAU